AUGGCAAAAAUUACAAAAAUCGAUAGAAAAGAUAAAAUUGGAAGAAAGGAUGGAAUAUCAAAAUCUCGCAAAACAGGAUUUACAAAAUUUUCUUAUCAACCAACUCGAGGAAAAUCAUUUAAAUUUACUCCUCAGAAAAAAAUAUUAGAUGUCAGAAAACAUAUAUAUAAACAAUACGGCCGUGGCAAUUUAUCAAUGAUGAAUAGAAACAAUUUUAAAAGAGGAAAUAAUCCAUUUUUUUUUAAAAAUAAAAGAAGAAUUGGAAAUAAAUUUUAUGACAGACCAUAUGGUAAUCCUGGUCGUGAAACAUUUUUGAAAAAAUCACGUGGAAAUACUUUCAGAAAGGGAAGAUAUUUUAGAGGUGGAAAAAAAAGAAAUAACUUUUUUAAAAAAACACAAAAUUUACACGAUAAAAUUGGAAAGUUAACAUCCAAGGAUUUGGAUGAUGAAUUAGAUAACUACAUGGGAUCCAGUAAUGUAAAAACCAGAUUGGAUAAUGAUUUGGAUUCAUACUUUAAAAAUAAUGGAGCUUUACAAGUUAAUAUGAAUGAAGGAUUUAAUAAAAUGGGUGAAUAA